GUGUAUCAGAUUUUAAUCUUCGUGUUGCAUUGCAAACACUUUUGAAAGAGUACUGUGAGGUGUGCAAAGCUUCCAAAGGCAAGUUUUGUAGUUUUCUGCAGACAUCUAAGGUUCGACCUCGGAAGAAAGCAAGAAAGUACCUAUAUGCAGUAGGUGGAUAUACUCGGUUGCAGGGGGGUCGUUGGAGUGAUAGCAGAGCCCUCAGCUGUGUAGAGCGUUUUGACUUCAGCCAGUAUUGGACCACUGUGUCUUCACUUCAUCAGGCUCGAUGUGGGCUGGGAGUAGCAGUUCUGGGCGGGAUGGUCUACGCUAUUGGAGGUGAAAAGGAUUCAAUGAUUUUUGACUGUACUGAAUGCUAUGAUCCAGUUACUAAACAGUGGACAACUGUAGCUUCCAUGAAUCACCCCCGCUGUGGCUUGGGAGUGUGCGUGUGUUACGGGGCUAUCUAUGCAUUGGGUGGAUGGGUUGGAGCUGAGAUUGGGAACACCAUUGAACGAUUUGAUCCUGAUGAAAAUAAAUGGGAAGUAGUUGGCAACAUGGCUAUGUCACGCUACUAUUUUGGAUGCUGUGAAAUGCAAGGUUUAAUUUAUGUAGUUGGAGGCAUCAGUAACGAAGGAAUAGAGCUUUGUUCUUUCGAAGUUUAUGAUCCACUUUCCAAGCGUUGGUCUCCACUUCCUCCAAUGGGAACUAGGAGAGCAUAUCUUGGGGUGGCUGCACUCAAUGACUGCAUCUAUUCUAUUGGAGGGUGGAAUGAAACACAAGAUGCUCUUCAUACUGUAGAAAAAUAUUCCUUUGAAGAGGAAAAAUGGGUUGAAGUUGCCUCAAUGAAAGUGCCUAGAGCAGGCAUGUGUGUUGUGGCAGUCAAUGGGCUUCUAUAUGUUUCUGGAGGUCGAUCUUCCAGCCAUGAUUUCUUGGCCCCAGGUACCUUGGACUCAGUUGAGGUUUAUAACCCUCAUUCAGAUACAUGGACAGAAAUCAGUAACAUGAUCACAAGCCGUUGUGAAGGAGGUGUUGCUGUACUAUGAAAUGUGAAGUAUAAGAGAACACAAACAUUUUGCAAAUACAGGAUCAG